AUGACUCGCGCACAUCUUACAACACAAACACGAACCACGUGCCAUGUUGUAACGAAUCAACAGUUACAUAAUCAAGUAGCGGAUUUCUGGAAAAUUGAACAAUGUAUUGAUGAAGGACGUCUCAUCGACAAAAAUCAUUAUUGCGAGAAACAUUUCCUGUCAACUUCAACUCGGGAUAACGACGGACGACACGUGGUUGCAAUUCCCUUCAAGGAAGAGAUCAACGGACUAGGACAUUCGAGACAACAAGCAGAACGCCGACUACUUGCAUUGGAACGAAGGUUGACCAAACAACCGCAGAUUCAACAAGAAUAUAUUGCCUUUAUGAGGGAAUAUGAAGAACUUGGACACAUGACGGAACUAAACGAGGAGCAACGUGAAGAUGGAUUCUAUUUACCGCAUCACGCCAUCAUAAAGGAGAGCAGCAGCACCACAAAAUUGCGCGUAGUUUUUGAUGGAUCCGCAAAAACUACAUCUGGACUAUCCCUGAACGAUGUACAGAUGGCUGGGCCAGUGGUACAAGAGGAUCUACUGUCAAUUUUAUUACGUUUCCGCAAACAUCGGUAUGUUCUGUCAGCAGAUAUCGCGAAAAUGUAUCGCCAAAUACGCGUACGUAAGGAAGAUCGUCGCUUCCAAAAAAUAGUAUGGCGAGAAAAUAGUACCUUGCCAAUUAAAACGUAUGAAUUAAAUACUGUGACGUAUGGGACAACAUCCGCACCUUUCCUGGCGACCAGAACCUUGCAAUGCAUUGGAGAAAUUUAUGCAGAAGAUUCUCCAGCCGCCAGUCGUAUAAUCUUGGAAGAUUUCUACGUAGACGAUCUUUUGACUGGCACGGACUGUUUAGAAGAAGCGAUCAAAUUAAAAAAUGACGUAUCAUCUAUCCUGGCAACAUCGGGUUUUGAACUCCGGAAAUGGGCAACGAACGAGUCGCGUAUUUUGAAUCCAUCGGAUGGAAUACAAUCCCACGUACACAUUACAUCCGACAAGGAGAUAAAAACGCUCGGACUUCUCUGGGAAUCGCAGAUGGACAUACUGCGAUUCUUAGUGCAAAAACCAUUUGAACAUCGUGUCACAAAACGAACAAUAUUAUCGGACAUUUCCCAGAUUUUUGACCCCCUCGGACUGAUUGGGCCAGCUACUAUUCAAGCCAAAAUAUUAUUACAAGAACUAUGGCAGCUACAAGUUUCCUGGGAUGAAUCAUUGCCCCAACAUCUCCAUUCACGAUGGACAACAUUUCGCGAGGAACUUGGGUCAAUAAAUAACAUUAUUAUUCCUCGUCAUGUAUUAGCUGCAGAAGCUGAGAAAAUUGAAUUGCAUGGGUUUUGUGACGCGUCCCAGAAGGCCUACGGAGCCUGUCUUUAUCUGCGGACGUUCAACAACGGACAAUGGACCACUAAGUUAAUAUGUGCAAAAUCACGCGUAGCUCCAUUAAAGGUAAUCACUCUCCCAAGAUUAGAACUAUGUGGAGCAGUACUGCUGGCACGACUUACAAGAAAGGUGCGGCAAGCGUUACGAUUAUCCUGCGACGAGUACUACUGGUGUGAUUCUACGAUCACGCUUGCAUGGCUCAAAUCAUCACCCAGUAAAUGGAAGACAUUCGUGGCCAACAGGACGUCCGAAAUCCAGGAACUAUCUCGCGGAAUUUGGAUGUAUGUGCAAUCAAAGGAAAAUCCUGCGGACAUCAUAUCGCGUGGAGUCAACCCUUCGUCACUUGUUUCGGCAACCCUUUGGUGGAACGGACCUUCAUGGCUAGAAAGGGACACAGCCACCUGGCCAGCAAUAGAACCACAUACAACUGAAACACCAGACGUUAACGAAGUACAGUGUGCAUUCAUUGCAGUAGUGAAUAGGUCAGAAGAUACUACCAGUGUACACACGGGUUACCUUUCAGUAAAGGAAUUGAAAGAUAUCGAAAUCCGUCUUCUUCAAAUUACACAAUCAGAUUGUUUUCUGGAGGAACUUAAGAAAUUAAGGACUGGGCAAGCGCUCCCAAAAUCCAGUACACUACGAUCUUUGAAUCCAUUUAUUGAUGAAACUGGACUGAUCAGGGUGGGCGGUAGAUUGAAAGAAGCCCAGCUUCCCUUUAAUCAACGACAUCCCGUCAUACUGCCAUCGAAACAUCAUCUUACAAAACUUCUAGUCGCACAUGAACAUUUAAGGUUAUUGCACGCAGGCUGUCAAGCGACUCUAUCGUCGUUACGCAGACGAUAUUGGCCGCUUUCAG